UACUCGGCCCCUUGUACGCAUGCGCCCCGGCCGCAGCCUCCCUGCCGCGCCAUUUUGCCGGGGUUUGAAUGUGAGGUGUGGAGUGGCGGUAGGAGUGGAGAGUGCCGGCUACGGUCCGUGACUGGGCUUCCCUUCUCCGUUCCCGCGUCCCCACGAGGCUCAAUGGCAAUGGAGCUCAGUGAUGCAAAUUUGCAAACACUAACAGAAUAUUUAAAGAAGACUCUCGAUCCUGAUCCUGCCAUCAGGCGUCCAGCUGAGAAGUUUCUUGAAUCUGUAGAAGGAAAUCAGAACUACCCAUUGUUGCUGUUAACAUUACUAGAAAAGUCCCAGGAUAAUGUUAUUAAAGUGUGUGCCUCUGUAACAUUCAAGAACUAUAUUAAAAGAAAUUGGAGAAUUGUUGAAGAUGAACCAAAUAAAAUUUGUGAAGCCGACAGAGUAGCCAUUAAAGCUAACAUAGUGCACUUGAUGCUUAGCAGCCCGGAGCAAAUUCAGAAGCAGUUAAGUGAUGCUAUUAGCAUUAUUGGCAGAGAAGAUUUCCCUCAGAAAUGGCCUGACCUGUUGACAGAAAUGGUGAAUCGCUUUCAGAGUGGAGAUUUCCAUGUUAUUAACGGAGUCCUUCGUACAGCACAUUCUUUAUUUAAAAGAUAUCGCCAUGAAUUUAAGUCAAACGAGUUAUGGACUGAAAUUAAACUUGUUCUGGAUGCCUUUGCUUUGCCUUUGACGAAUCUAUUUAAGGCCACUAUUGAACUCUGCAGCACCCAUGCAAAUGAUGCCUCUGCUCUGAGGAUUCUAUUUUCUUCUCUGAUCCUAAUCUCAAAAUUGUUCUACAGUUUAAACUUUCAGGAUCUCCCUGAGUUUUUUGAAGAUAAUAUGGAAACUUGGAUGAACAAUUUUCAUACCCUCUUAACAUUAGAUAAUAAGCUUCUACAAACUGAUGAUGAAGAGGAAGCAGGCUUACUGGAGCUCUUAAAAUCCCAAAUUUGUGAUAAUGCUGCACUUUAUGCACAAAAAUACGAUGAAGAAUUUCAACGGUACCUGCCUCGUUUUGUCACGGCCAUCUGGAAUUUACUAGUUACAACAGGUCAAGAGGUUAAAUAUGACUUGUUGGUAAGUAAUGCAAUUCAGUUUCUGGCUUCAGUUUGUGAGAGACCUCACUAUAAGAAUCUCUUUGAGGACCAGAACACGCUGACAAGUAUCUGUGAAAAGGUUAUUGUGCCUAACAUGGAAUUUAGAGCUGCUGAUGAAGAAGCCUUUGAAGAUAAUUCUGAGGAGUACAUAAGAAGAGAUCUGGAAGGAUCUGAUAUUGAUACUAGACGCAGGGCUGCUUGUGAUCUAGUUCGAGGAUUAUGCAAGUUUUUUGAGGGACCCGUGACAGGAAUCUUCUCUGGUUAUGUUAAUUCCAUGCUGCAGGAAUAUGCCAAAAAUCCAUCUGUCAACUGGAAACACAAAGAUGCAGCCAUUUACCUGGUGACAUCUUUGGCAUCGAAAGCCCAAACACAGAAGCAUGGGAUUACACAAGCAAAUGAGCUUGUAAACCUGACUGAGUUCUUCGUGAAUCACAUUCUCCCUGAUUUAAAAUCAGCCAAUGUAAAUGAGUUUCCUGUUCUUAAAGCUGAUGGCAUCAAAUACAUCAUGAUUUUUAGGAAUCAAGUACCAAAAGAGCAUCUUUUAGUCUCUAUUCCCCUCUUAAUCAAUCAUCUUCAGGCUGAAAGCAUUGUUGUUCAUACUUACGCAGCACAUGCUCUUGAGAGACUGUUUACUAUGAGAGGGCCUAACAGCGCCACUCUUUUUACAGCUGCAGAAAUCGCACCGUUUGUUGAGAUUCUGCUAACAAACCUUUUCAAAGCUCUCACACUUCCUGGCUCUUCAGAAAAUGAAUAUAUUAUGAAAGCUAUCAUGAGAAGUUUUUCCCUCCUACAGGAAGCCAUAAUCCCCUACAUCCCUACUCUCAUCACUCAGCUCACACAGAAGCUAUUAGCUGUUAGUAAGAACCCAAGCAAACCUCACUUUAAUCACUAUAUGUUUGAGGCAAUAUGUUUAUCCAUAAGAAUAACUUGCAAGUCUAACCCUGCUGCUGUUGUAAAUUUUGAGGAGGCUUUGUUUCUGGUGUUUACUGAAAUUUUACAAAAUGAUGUACAAGAAUUUAUUCCGUAUGUCUUUCAAGUGAUGUCUUUGCUUCUGGAAACACACAAAAAUGACAUCCCGUCAUCCUACAUGGCCUUAUUUCCUCAUCUCCUUCAGCCAGUGCUUUGGGAAAGAACAGGAAAUAUUCCUGCUCUAGUGAGGCUUCUCCAGGCAUUCUUAGAACGAGGUUCAAAUACAAUAGCAAGUGCUGCAGCUGACAAAAUUCCUGGGUUACUAGGUGUCUUCCAGAAGCUGAUUGCAUCCAAAGCCAAUGACCACCAAGGUUUUUAUCUCCUAAAUAGUAUAAUAGAGCACAUGCCCCCUGAGUCAGUUGACCAAUACAGAAAGCAAAUCUUCAUUCUUCUAUUCCAAAGACUUCAGAAUUCCAAAACAACAAAGUUUAUCAAGAGUUUCUUGGUCUUUAUUAAUUUGUACUGUAUAAAAUACGGGCCGCUAGCGCUGCAGGAAAUAUUCGAUGGGAUACAACCAAAAAUGUUUGGAAUGGUUUUGGAAAAAAUCAUUAUUCCUGAAAUUCAGAAAGUAUCUGGAAAUGUAGAGAAAAAGAUUUGUGCUGUUGGGAUAACCAAAUUACUAACAGAAUGUCCCCCAAUGAUGGACACAGAGUACACCAAACUGUGGACUCCUUUAUUACAGUCUCUGAUUGGCCUAUUCGAGUUACCCGAGGAUGAUACCAUUCCUGACGAAGAACAUUUUAUUGAUAUAGAAGAUACCCCAGGAUACCAAACUGCCUUCUCACAGUUGGCAUUUGCUGGGAAGAAGGAGCACGACCCUGUUGGUCAGAUGGUGAACAACCCCAAAAUUCACCUGGCUCAGUCGCUGCACAAGCUGUCCACUGCCUGUCCAGGAAGGGUCCCCUCAAUGGUGAGCACCAGCCUCAAUGCAGAAGCGCUCCAGUAUCUCCAGGGGUACCUUCAGGCGGCUAGUGUGACGCUGCUUUGAACUGCCUUUUUUGAAUUGGCUUAGUCCAGAAUGGUUUCUGAGGACAUCAUGUAGACAUCUGAGCACAGCUGCAUUAAAACAAAACGUGUUCGUUUUGAACUUGUCUAUUAAAUGUUGUUUUAAGCUGAA